AUCUUGCAUCUGACAGCCUACCACAAUCCGAGUGCGGAAGUGGAAAGUGGAAACGACACCGUACGGGCUCGGAGUUCCGCCCGUGCACAGCUCGCCGGCCGGAUUUUUCUGCUGACACAGCUCUAUAGACAUCAUUUGACCCUUUCUACAUACCAGGAACUCGGGGGGAAAAUGGCUGGACGGCUACCGGCGUGUGUUGUGGACUGCGGUACAGGUUACACUAAACUGGGGUAUGCAGGGAACACAGAGCCUCAGUUCAUCGUUCCAUCAUGUAUUGCAAUCAAAGAGUCAGCUAAGGUUGGAGAUCAAGCUCAACGGAGAAUGAUGAAGGGGGUAGAUGACUUGGAUUUCUACAUUGGAGAUGAAGCCAUAGACAAGCCCACAUAUUCGACAAAGUGGCCAAUCCGUCAUGGGAUUGUAGAAGACUGGGACUUAAUGGAGCGCUUCAUGGAACAAAUCAUCUUCAAGUACCUGAGGGCCGAACCUGAAGACCACUACUUCUUACUGACAGAACCACCUCUGAACACACCAGAAAACAGAGAAUACACAGCAGAGAUCAUGUUUGAAUCCUUCAAUGUACCAGGGCUGUACAUUGCUGUACAGGCCGUGCUUGCGCUCGCAGCUUCCUGGACAUCCAGACAAGUUGGUGAGAGGACAUUAACAGGCACUGUUAUUGACAGUGGUGACGGUGUAACUCAUGUCAUCCCUGUGGCUGAAGGUUACGUGAUUGGCAGCUGUAUAAAGCACAUUCCCAUCGCAGGACGAGACAUUACUUAUUUCACCCAGCAGCUUCUAAGAGAAAGGGAAGUGGGCAUCCCACCAGAGCAAUCGCUGGAGACAGCCAAGGCCGUCAAGGAACGGUUCAGCUACGUGUGCCCAGAUCUUGUCAAAGAAUUUAAUAAGUAUGACACGGAUGGCUCCAAGUGGAUUAAGCAAUACACAGGCAUCAACACUAUCAACAAGAAAGAGUUCACUAUUGACGUGGGAUACGAACGGUUUUUGGGACCUGAGAUCUUCUUUCACCCAGAGUUUGCCAACCCAGACUUCACUCAACCCAUCUCUGAAGUUGUUGACGAAGUCAUCCAGAAUUGUCCUAUUGAUGUCAGGCGUCCUCUCUAUAAGAACAUUGUUCUGUCUGGAGGGUCCACCAUGUUCAGGGACUUUGGCCGCCGUCUGCAGAGAGAUCUCAAGAGGACAGUUGAUGCCAGGCUGAAGAUGAGCGAGGAACUGAGUGGAGGCAAACUUAAGCCCAAACCCAUUGAUGUCCAAGUUAUCACUCAUCAUAUGCAAAGAUAUGCUGUCUGGUUUGGAGGAUCAAUGUUGGCAUCAACUCCUGAGUUCUACCAGGUUUGCCACACCAAAAAGGACUACGAAGAGAUUGGGCCGAGCAUCUGUCGCCACAAUCCUGUGUUUGGAGUCAUGUCUUAACUAAAUCUAAUUGCAGUGGCAAGGGUUUGGGGGGCUGAGUUUGUUAAGGUUCUACAAGUGGAAGGUUGGUGCACUUGAGAUAGCCCACAGACACCUGACUGUUUCCUUUGUCUUUUAGUUCAAUUAUGAGGGGAAUGGUUUUUACAGUACAGUUUUACAAAACCGUUCACUCAUAUUUUUUUUGGAUUCUUCUACCCAACUUGUAGUGAAUGGUGAGGAAGUGAAGUGAAUAAUUAAAAUUAUCUGGGUUUGGUCAAGACCUUGACUAAUAAACACUUGCAACUUCAGGGUAAAAGAGCAACCAGUUAUGUCCUCAUUUCUAGCUUCAAAUAAAAGAACUUGUUUAUAUUAUAUGCCUUUUUUUCCCUUAAAUGUAAAGCCAAUGUUAAAUCAAGGGUUAAAAAUAUUUGACUGUUUUACUUUAUGGUGCAGCUUUGUUACACAGUAUUUUUUCCCUCAAGUUCAAUCAAUAGUCUCCCAAUUAUUCUCUGUGUGUCAGUGUGGUCUGUCAUCUACUUUCUAAAUACUGAAUCGUCUGUUCUCACUGAAGACGGUGGCAGUUUUCCACCUCUAUGAUGCAGGGAAAGAGAAGAAUUCUAGGUUUGAACAAUACAUUGUAUUCAAAUGGCAGACCAGUAUUGUUAAAGUUUAUUUCUUUAAAUAAAUGCCAAAUUAAAAAAAGAAUUUGUGUAUUUAAGGCCUUGCAACAUUCCAAUAAAGGUGUGAAUUUGUUUCUUAA